CACCACCGCUGUUCCCUUGUCACAUUUUCCUCCUUUCUCGAUUAGUGGAUUAGUACCAUGGCUGCGCCUUCAACUCCUGCAGACCACAUCUCUGUGAUGCUUCCAGGCGCCAAAUCUUUUACACACCUCCAUCCCAUCACGUAUAGCGCCCGCGUUGGCAGCAAUGUUGACUCGACUUCGUUCGUCUCCAUUCCUCCCGAGAAGCGGUUCCUGUGUGCCACGAAAGUUCGCGUGCACGGACAAGACCUUCCUUUUGACAGGCUCAAAACAUGGUCCUUAAAUUGGUCCACCCGGUCGGCUGUCGUCCUAAACGUCGCGGCUGUGCCCAGCAACUAUACUCCCGUUCCAGACGAAUCACUACCUGUCCCGGCGAGUCAUCCUCCCGUCCGUAGGGAAGAUCUCCGCCCAUGCUUCGCAAUCAAGCUCGCGAAUCACGUUCAUGAUUCCGGGCCCUACGGUCAAGGCGACCUAUGGUACGAGAUCUUGGAACGUGAAGCGCUCUUCUACCAGCGACGCCUUCGUCAACUUCAGGGUGUGGCUGUCCCUACGCACUAUGGCAUGUGGACCGGAACCGCGCCCUGGGGUGGUACUAUCGCGUGCUCAAUCAUGGAGUGGUGCGGGGAGCAGUAUAUGGAGGAUGCAAACGAUCGUCGUCUGUAUAGUAUUGAGCGAAGUCUGAAGGUCGUCAACGCUGUACGUGCACUGCACCUAAUAGGCUACCUGCAUGGCGGCUUUUUCGUAGAGGAGCAGCAUCGGCUAUUCCAGCACUUCCUGUACGAUGAAGUGCGCGAGAAGGCCUUCAUCAUCGACUUCAGGCGCCGUGCUCGUCAUGACUGUGAUCUUGCCUUUGAGCUGAGGGAGUACAAGACAUACAUCCCCGGAUAUCUGUUCGGAUGCGGCGAGCUGUAUACCAUGGCCAAGGCCCUCGGUCUCAUUAGACGUCGGGAUUCAGAGGACCAAAUCGAGGACAAGGUUGUUAUUGAUGCGCUGAGACGCUUUGAGGAGGACGAUGACUAUCCGAAAUCUGGCUAUCUCUCGGAGUACAGCGACACCGAUAGCGAUCCCUACGCAUCUGACUAGCUACAGCAGGUUGUCUGCUCAUUCUUCUCUGCCCCUUGUUGAGUCAUCAUCCGAGAAUAUCUGAAUCGACCCUUCUUGAUAUCUUUAAAACGACCCAAUAGUGAACACCGUCCGGGCGGCUUUGAGCUGAGCAAUUUGCAGUGCGCGAGAAGGCCUUCGUAAU